GGAGGGUUCGCGCCCGGGAGCGCCCGCUGUCUCGACCUCAACGUCGACCUAUUCCUCGGCGGUUCAGUGAAGCCGCGCUCUAACGCCGUCGGCGGCGAAGAGAUUACGCUGGGAUUCGUCGGCUGUCUCGACAACAUCCUCAUCAAUGGCCAACAAAUACCGCUACACAUGGCGUCGGUAUCGUCGGCGGCGGUGCUCAAGACGCUGGCGAACGUGGAGUUUAGCUGUAAUUUCAAGCCCGACGUCGGCAUCUGUAAGUCGCAGCCGUGUCUGAACGGCGGGUCGUGUCAUAACCUCGUGAACGGGUCGUAUCAGUGCCAGUGCGUCGGCCCGAAGUACAGGGGCGUCAACUGCGAGAUCGACGUGAGUCCGUGCGAUACCAUCCCCUGUCUGAACGGCGGCCUCUGUCGACACGACGAGGCCCUGUGCCGCACGGGGGUCGCCAACUGUUACAAAUGCGAGUGCGGCCCGAGUUUCACGGGUCUUAACUGUCAAGUGCCGCGAUUCUGUUCACCCAAUCUCUGCCAAAAUGGCGGCGUCUGCGAGGAGACCACUCUGGGACCCAAGUGUCACUGCCAUCAGGGCUGGCACGGCCUCUACUGCCAGUACGACAUCGACGAGUGCCAACUGUCGGCGCCGGUGUGCAUGACGCCGGCCACCUGUAUCAACUUGCCCGGCACUUUCCGGUGCAUAUGUUACCAUUGGGACAGUUAUGAUUUGGCCCAAUCGGACAAUAAACCCAUUUGUUCUUCGAAUCUGUUCGAGGUAUCAGUGAAUGAGAUCCACGACUUGGAGUCCAACUCAGACAACAGUCAAAUCGAGUUGUCGUGCAAUGGCUCGCAGGAGCGGGCGUUCAUCGAGCGGGCCGUCAGUCACGAGAGUUCACCGCUUUUGUCGCGCAAUGAGCGCCCGAAUGAAGACAUUCCGUUCGCCGACACGUCGGAGCCGUCGUCCCCACAAAAGUAUCUCGACUUAUAUCUACCGAAUCUGUCGGACAACGAGUGGAGUAAUAAUAAGCGGAAGAAUAUUCUCACCUAUUCUUCGACGACGACGACCACCGACUCGAUGGCCGAUAAUAUCAAUGGUGUGGAGGAGUGCGAGAAAGCGGCCAAAGACUGCAAUAAUGGCUGCGAUUUAGACGUCGAGAGCGAGUGCGAGGAGUUUGACGAGGAGUCCAAUCAACAGUCGACUUAUGUCUAGGCGUGAAAUGAUAU